CACACACACACACACACACAUUCAUUCAUUCAUUCCCAACCCACCUGAGUGGCAGACACCUGACAGGAGACAAAUGAGCACUUUGGAAGAUGUCCCAUUUGGAACCCCGCUGGGUUCUCUGGGGCAGGACGUUUACCUGAUGACGCCUCCAGACAUCUCCGUGCCUGACUGUCCUCGGAUCCUGCAAGAAACUCAGUAUGGUUUUAACCUGGAGAGGCUGAUACUGACAUGCCAGCAGCCUGCCUAUGAAGCUCCAUCCUGCCCCCCCUACUGGCUGAUGUUCAGCAGCCCUCAUGAGUGCUGCAGGGGGGGCCCUCAUCGCACCGCUGACCCUUGGAGCUCCAAGUCUCGGGCUCGCAGUUACAGCCUGAACUCUGCGGACGUUCACUGGCUGCACCACGGCACUCUCAGCUUCCUCAGAUCCGACUCGGAUGAAGAAUACGGUUACUGCGAAGACAACGAAGGCUCCUCCCCUGAAGAUGCUCCUCGAGAGCUGGCCAGGUGUCGAGAGCGGCCCCGCAGUGCCGUCCUCGCCAGGGUGCAAGACAUGCACCUGGACUUUCACACGCCGUGCUGUAGGCCGGAGUUGUCCCUGAGGAGCCACAGAGGCGCCUCACCAGAGUGUCUCCCAGCAGGACAGAAGAGCAGCAAGAAGAAGCAGCGUGCUCACAGUGCUGUGGGAAGACUACACCCCCAGAAGCAAGCCCCCGCUGGCCCCACUGCCUCCAGGUUGCAGCAGCAACGGCCCUCCUCUGCAGGGCCCUCCAUUAAAAAUCGCAGGCAAAAGGCUUUGAAGACCGGAGGAGCUUUCCUCGACUCGGCGACAGAACUGCUGUCAGCUCUCAGCCGAGAGGAGAGGGAGCUGCUGGAAGCUGUCACUGACAAAGGUUACCCUUUACGUACGGCCAUUUUGGCUCUGCAGAAGACUGGAUACAACAGCCCAGACAAGCUCUUGAAGUACCUGGUAGCCUGCAAUAAUCUCUGCGAGCUAGGUUACGAGGAAGCGCAAGUCGAGGAGGCCUUAGAAAUGUUCCAGAACUGUGAAAGCAAAGCUGCUGAGUUUCUGCGUCUUCUCGCUCAGUUUAAUGAGAUGGGCUUCCAGCAAAGUGCAAUCAAGGAAGUGCUGCUUGUUCAUGAAAACCAUCGUGAAAAGGCUCUUGAAGAAUUGAUGACCCGCAUGACUUAAACCAAACAUGGAGGGAUGUUCUACCUUCUAUGCUAUAUGGGGCAAUCUGCCAAACUAAUUCAAUGUGCUGUCCCAUUACCAAUAAAAAGGGUUUAACAAAACAAUUUAUUAUUCAGACAGAUUUUUACUGAGAUAAUACUAUGAUCUGUUUAAACCUAAGGCAUUAAUUGAGAUAGAGAUGAGACAUAAUUACAAAGUCAUCAUUUAUUGGUUACUUUCUAAUAGUGGUCACUACCGAAACACUCGGUGCUUACAACAAAAAAGAAAGUAUAUCGAGUUAUCAACAUAAAUACAAUACUGAUUGGUUAAAAGGUAUGUUUAAAUUCAUAAACCAUUAACCUAGAAAUCAAUCUGAUCAGGGUUACACAUUUUACAAAGAAAGAUUGCACAUCGAUUUUGAAAAAUGUUGAUAAUUGAAGAAAAUUUGUUAAAAAAUAAAGAAUUUUAUUGUGAAAAAUCUCAAUUUAAAAAAAAAUAAUAUUACACAUGGGAAGUAGACGUAAUAUUGACAGGUUGACAUACUAUUCUUUAUUUAUUAUUGAAUACUGUACUAUGUUUCGGUAGCGACAAAUUUGGGGAGAG